CCCGCGGAGGGCGAUUGGCUGAGGCGCCGGAAGCCGGGAGGGUGCGGGACAGCGUGGCCGUGCUCGCGCGAGCCAGCGGUACUCCCAGCCGUCAUGUUUGUGCUCGUAGAGAUGACCGACACUGUAAGAAUUCCUCCCUGGCAAUUUGAAAGGAAACUGAAUGAAUCCAUUGCCGAAGAACUAAACAAAAAAUUGGCCAACAAGGUUGUAUACAAUGUCGGUCUCUGCAUCUGUCUGUAUGAUAUUACAAAACUGGAGGAUUCAUACAUAUUCCCUGGAGAUGGUGCAUCACAUACCAAAGUGCAUUUCCGGUACGUGGUCUUCCAUCCCUUUCUGGAUGAGAUUCUGAUUGGAGAGAUUAAAAGCUGCAGUCAGGAUGGAGUUCACGUUUCUCUUGGAUUCUUUGACGAUAUUGUCAUCCCUCCAGAAUCCCUGCAGCAGCCGGCUAAGUUUGAUGAAGCAGAGCAGGUGUGGGUGUGGGAAUAUGAAACAGAAGAAGGGGCUCACGACCUUUACAUGGACAUCGGGGAGGAGAUCCGCUUCCGCGUCAUGGAUGAAACGUUUGUUGAUACAUCACCUACAGGGCCAAGCUCGGCAGAGGCUUCCACUUCAAAUGCCACAGAAGAAGUCCAGAAGAAAGAGGCACCCUACACCCUUGUGGGAUCAAUCAGCGAACCAGGCUUGGGCCUCCUGUCGUGGUGGACAAACAGUUAGCUGCAAUCAGAACUGGCUCUGCAGAAAGUCUUUCUGGUGGAUGUUUUGGUGUAUUAAGGGAUCCUGCUGGUGCUCAUUGCUCCCUUGAAGCUGAAUGAGAAAUUAGACCUGCCACUUUCUGUUUCCCCUUCAGCUUCCAACCUGCCAGAUCAAGGAAGUCGCGUCCAAGAAAUGUCUUUACUGAGCUGUAGAAGUGAAAUUACAGGCACAAAAAGUCUUGAGCCCAGCAGCAACAAACUCAGCUGGAGCUUUGGUCUCCUGCACUGGAGGCAAAACUGGAGGUCUUUAGGGAAUUGACUUCAGUGAAUGAAAGCAGGAGAGAAUGCCUGUCUAGAAGUAUUGCUUCCUUGGGUUGAGAGCUUGGUCUCAGGGGUGUAGAAGUAUGUGCCUGCCCUUCUUUUGACAGCAAACAGCAGGAUCUUGCUCUGCAAAGUACUGGGAGAAGAAACAGCAAAAUCCUAGAGGUAAGAGAGGUGUGGUCUUCUCAUGACUUGGGAAAUGCUGCUGCUGGAAGGGCAAGGAAGCCAGUGAUAAUGUUCUCCUAAGAAUGGGACCUUAAUCCAUGAAGACAGCCCAGAAAAACUGGAAUGAGAGUAGUUUACCCAAAAAUAACUUAGGUACUGUGAAGAUGACCACUGUGGAAAGCUAUUGGUUGCUUAUUAUGGUGAAUUGAAAUACUUUAUUAGGUGGGUUGUAUUUAUGCCAAGUGAGUUAAACUUCACUGGAGUUUGACUGAAAAUAUGUAAUUAUGGACUGAAACAAACCAGUGUCUUUGGGUAAGUUGAAAAUACGUGUUUGUACGGGUGUGUUAAUACCAGAAAAAGAAUAAAUAGUAAAAAAACCACA